AUGUCAGCCACCGAGACUACGGUCAUUUUUGCAAAACUGGAAGCACUGAAAGACAUCAAGUAUAUAUACAUACAUACAUACACGCAUACACGCAUAUAUGUAUAUAUUACACAAAAUCACAAUGCAUGUGUUUUUAUAUUAUUUUAUAUUUUCAAUAAUCAAAAAAAAAUCUUAUGCAACAUCGAUAUAGCAAAUCAGUGUUUGUAAAUGAAAUGAUAAUAUAUUUUGUGUAUUUUGUUAGAUCAAAAACACUUCAACUGGAGAAAAUGAAGCAAAGAAUCCUGCAAGAGGUAGAACAAACUGAACAGGAAGAAAAAUGUUUACUGGAGUACAAACAGGAAAUGGAUCUUCUUAUGCAAGAAAAAAUGGCACAUGUCGAAGAAUUAAGACAAAUACAUGCAGAUAUAAACGCGAUGGAGACUGUCAUUAAACAAGCAGAAGAAGCCAGAAACAAAGCAAGAGAGACUGCAAAAUUAAUCCAUAAUAAUGAUUAUCAACCUCUAAAACACGAUAUUGAUCGCAUGCGUAGGGAAUUUUUAGGAUUGGAAAGAUUACCAGAAUUAUAUGAAACGGAAUCUGAUCUCAUUUCACCAGACUACUUUGAUCGUCCAAUGCAAAAAGCAGAAUGGAGAGUUGAAGUAAGGGGAGAAGAUUUAUUACCCCCACUUACUCUACACCAUCCUGGUCAUCCAGGUGGUUCCACACCUUUCCUUGCUCCUCAACCUCUUCAAGGUCCAAGUAAGCCAGAACCAAGACCAUUGCCACCAGCCCCUGGUCCACCUGCUCCAACAUUCAGGCAACAACCACCCCCUAUGAAAUCAUGUUUAUCGUGUCAUCAACAAAUUCAUAGAAAUGCACCAAUUUGCCCCCUUUGUAAAGCUAAAUCUCGAUCGCGUAAUCCCAAGAAGCCAAAGAAAAAAGACUAA